AUGCAACUCCCAGAACCUUAUACUUCCGCAGAAAAUGAUCUCCGCUCAGAUACUUUCACCACUCCUACAAGGGAGAUGAUGGAAGCUGCAAUGAGUGCUACUAUUGGUGAUGCUGUCUACCAAGAAGAUGUCGAUACUAUGAAAUUGGAGCAACACGUUGCCCAUUUGUCUGGUAUGGAAGCCGGUAUGUUCUGCGUUUCAGGUACUAUGUCGAAUCAGAUUGCUCUAAGAACUCAUUUACACCAGCCUCCUUACUCCAUCUUAUGUGAUUACAGAGCUCACGUGUACACUCACGAAGCUGCUGGUUUGGCUAUCUUAUCACAGGCCAUGGUUACGCCUGUGGUUCCCUCAAAUGGUAAUUAUUUGACCCUUGAAGACAUUAAGGAGAACUAUAUUCCAGAUGAUGGUGAUAUUCACGGUGCUCCAACCAGAGUGAUUUCGCUAGAAAAUACCUUGCACGGUAUAAUUCACCCGCUUGAGGAAUUAGUUCGUAUUAGGGCUUGGUGUUUGGAAAACGGCCUAAAACUACACUGUGAUGGUGCUAGACUUUGGAAUGCCUCCUGUGAGUCCGGUGUGCCAAUGAAGCAAUACGGUGAGGUCUUCGACUCUAUUUCUAUUUGUCUGUCUAAGUCAAUGGGUGCGCCAAUGGGAUCUAUACUCGUUGGUUCUAAUAAGUUCAUUAAGAAGGCUAACCACUUCAGAAAGCAGCAAGGUGGUGGUAUCAGACAGUCUGGUAUGAUGUGUCGUAUGGCUAUGGUUGCUAUUGAGGGUGAUUGGAAAGGAAAGAUGAAGAGAUCACACUCGAUGGCCCAUGAUCUUGCGAAGUUCUGUGUGGAAAAUGGCAUUGAAUUAGAAUCCCCAGCAGAGACUAACUUUGUAUUUUUGGAUCUUAAAAAAGCUAAGAUAAACCCUGAUGUACUUGUUAAGAAGGGUUUGAAGCACGGUGUCAAGUUAAUGGGUGGUAGAGUUUCAUUCCACUACCAGGUUUCGGAACAAUCGCUAGAAAAGAUUAAGCGUGCCAUUUUGGAGACUGCUAAAUAUGCUAAGGAACAUCCUUUCGAUAACAAUGGGCCUACUAAAAUCUACCGUAGUGAAUCUGUUGACACUAUUGAAGAGAUUAAGACCUAUAAGUAUUAA